GCCAACACAUUGCUGAAAAAUUCCAAGGUACACCUCACAGGUUGAGUGACAAACAGUAAUCCUCUGCCGCCGUUUAACUAAUGAAGUGAAGCUUCUUGAAUUCUAGCUUCUACUACAGCUAAAGUUUCUGUAAUGGAAUUUUAAUAUUUUAAUUUCAUUUGGAGGAAAUUUGAUUAACUAAAAAUGGCAUCUUUCCAGUUAUUGAAGUCUCCAUUCUCAUUUUCUCAAUCCAAUCCUGAUUUUAGCACCAUGGUCCGAAGGAGGUUUCUGCGUGUGAGGUUUCAGAGGAAAAAUCCAAUCUUGAAUACAUUUGCUGAUACAAAGUUUAGGGUUUGGUGUAGAGUUCAAGACAGUGGAAACCAGAGUAGUAAUGGUGAAGAGCCUCCAGAGUCAUUGUUUAUGAAAGAGUUGAGAAGACGUGGCAUGGCUCCAACUUCAUUGCUUGAGGAGACAAACACAAACCUUAAAGAAGACGAGGAGACAAUAUCUAGGGAAGAAGAUGGAGGAUUUUAUCGGAGAAAUGCGCUGUCAACAGAUUCUGGAAGAAAUUUGACUAAUCAAAGAGAGCAGUCUAUGGCACUGAAUAGUGAAGGCCUUGAGGGUUUGAUUCCACGGGCAAAACUGUUGCUUACUCUUGGGGGAACAUUUUUUUUGGCAUUUUGGCCGUUGAUCCUCGCAACUAUUGCAUCCUUCUCUGCUGUUUACCUGUAUUUUGGACCUCAAUUUGUCCACGAUGCAAGCAACAGACUUGGUCCACCACCAUAUAUUGAUCCUUAUGUACUACUCGAAGAAGAGAGGAUAUCACAGACAGCUCCACCUCUAAAUUGAGUAGCUGCUUGUUUCAUGAAGUUAGACCGUUCAAGUGUUAAGUAAAGGUUUCCAUUGCUUAUCCUCGGUAUAUUUACCUUAUCAUUUUCUGGUUGGACACUACCGUGAUAGCUAGAAGAUAAUCAUGUUGACUGAGAAAUCUUAUUUCUAUGACUGUAAAAUUUGUAAAAAAUGUGAACGAGAUAAGAUUUCCUAUUCCGAAGCACAUACUGUAUAUUCUGUAUAUUGAUCCCUUUGAUGGGAAGUCUCCAGUAAUUCUUUAGAAGUCGAGCUUGAUAUGAUAGCCCACGAGUUAGACGAGUA